UUGGGUUUGAAUUCGGGUUGUGAACUGCAUGUUAACGGUUUCUCCUCUUUGCCGUCCUAAUUAAGUUCUCCGAAAGCCUUGGCGCCAAAAUCUCAUCUUUCCAAACAGAAAACACAGAAAAGGAAAAAGAAAGGGAAAAUCAUUGAUCACAUCAAACAAGAUCAGCAAAACCCAAAAACAGAAAAUUACAGAUCAUUUGUAUUCACCAACAGACCGAAAACUCGCUCAUUUUCAGAGAUAAUAUCAAAAAAUACGCUCACUGAAAGUGUGUGUGUGACCUAAUCUUUAUCAAAUACUCUAUCAAUGAAUGAAUGUCUUCCCCUGGUGGAGAUGCCAACCUCGAUAUGACCAAAGCCACCGAUACCGUCAUCAUCACCAGCGACACCGCCACCACACCUGAUAGUUCCGUCAAGAACGAAAAGAAAAAGAAGUCUAUCAUUCCUAGACUUUUUGGUGCAAAGCGAGCCGCGCGUGAAAGCUCAGAAUCAGAUGGUGAUGGAGAUCUCGGUAUAUCUCUUUCCUUUUCUUUCUCUCUCUUUCUGUCUCUCGCGCGCUCUUUCAAUAAUUUUUUUUCCUUAAUAGAUUUGGAGAAAAAGAUUGAAGAAAGGAAAAAAGCUUUCAUGGAGGCAGCCCCAAUGAUGAGAAAGAGUUUUUCAGAAAGACAUACAAGUCCGGGGAUUCAAAGCCUAAACCUAUCAAACUUUGAACAACACUCUAUGUUGCCAUCAAUUGAGACUAAAGAAUUCAGGAUAUUCGUGGCCACAUGGAAUGUAGGAGGAAAGUCUCCCAACAAUGGCCUCAACCUUGAAGAUUUCUUGCAGGUCGAAGGCUCUUCAGACAUCUAUGUGUUAGGGUUUCAGGAAAUCGUACCUUUAAGUGCUGGAAACGUGUUAGUGAUCGAGGACAACGAACCAGCUGCAAAAUGGCUAACCCUUAUAAGCCAAGCCCUAAAUAAACCCCAGAAUGCGUGCACCAAUACGUUUUGUUGUUCUUCAGAUUCUUCGAGUCAUGGUUCCAAUAAGUCCUCACAUAACAAGGAAUCCAAGUCCCCAGGCAGUCUCAACUUCUUUCAGAAGCCUUCUCUCAAAGUUAUCAGCAAAAGCUUCAGGGCAGACAGUAGAAUUCUCAAGUCUUGUAACUGCCCCUUUGAAUUUCCAUCUCGUGAAAGACGGCGGCUAAGAAAACUCAGUGAUCCUGCAGAUAGUAAAUUAGACUCCUCAUAUGGUUCUUGUGACGGUAGGGUAGACGAAUUUCUUGCAACUGCAGGGUUACAAUCGCUGCCUUCCUCCGAGAUGAGUUACUCUCUCAUAACAAGCAAGAAGAUGGUAGGGAUUUUCGUGUCAGUUUGGGUUCGAAGAGAGUUGGUACAACACGUUGGCCAUCUUAGAGUUUCUACCGUGGGAAGAGGAAUAAUGGGUUGCCUUGGAAAUAAGGGAUGCAUAUCAAUAAGCAUGACGUUGCACCAAACAAGCUUUUGUUUCGUGUGCAGUCACUUGGCUUCCGGCGAGAAGGAAGGCGAUGAACUGAAGAGGAAUGCGGAUGUGGUGGAGAUCCUGAAGGGCACACAAUUCCCCAAGAUUUGCAAGAAUCCAAAUCGUCUUCCUUGCGAAAGAAUAGUUGACCAUGAUCGGGUAAUAUGGCUAGGAGAUUUGAAUUAUCGGGUGGCUUUGAGCUAUGAAGAAACUAGGGUUUUGUUGGAGGACAAUGAUUGGGAUGCACUUCUAGAGAAAGAUCAGUUGAAUAUAGAGAGAGAAGCUGGGAGAGUAUUUGAUGGGUUCAAAGAGGGACAAAUCUACUUUGCCCCCACUUACAAGUAUUCCCAUAAUUCAGACUCUUACGCAGGAGAAACUGCCAAGUCCAAGAAGAAACGACGAACCCCUGCAUGGUGUGAUAGGAUACUAUGGCGCGGUGAAGGUUUCGAACAGUUGUCCUAUAUCAGGGGUGAAUCAAGAUUCUCCGAUCACAGACCUGUUUGUGCUGUGUUUUCAGUUGAAGUGAACUUACUUAGAAGCAAAAACAACAGAUUCAGAAAGGGUUACUCGUGUGCUGCUCCAAGAUUCGAAUUUGAUGCCUGCAUGCCUCAAAGACACAGCUUCUAUGAGUUCUAAUAGAAACAUCAGAUCGCUCAAUCAAAAUAUUGUACAUUGCAUUAGGGAAGUUAGGAAUUACUUUUCCACCCUUUUUUUUUUUUUUUUUGCUUCGUAAAUUUUCUGGUUCUUUUGUAGAAGAGAAAGAAGAUUAAACAAAUGAACAAAAUAGGGAACUAGCUACAUUCAUGUAACCAGUGAGGCUUUGUUACGG